GAAGGGGCGGCGGGGCGGGGUCCGAGGGCGCGCCUUCUCGCGGGACGCCCCUCCUGCACCCCUCCCCGGACGCUGCUCCCGGCCCCGCCUCCCCGCCGCCGGGGCUCCCCACGCACCCGCAGGUCGGCCCGACGGGUCCUUGGGCCGCGCGGUGCUGGGGGUGUGCUCGAGAGAGGGACCCUGGCCUCGGCCGCCGCGGGUGUAUUGAGCCCAUGUCGUGACCCUACACGUUACCGUUGGCGAGCGCGCCGGGGGAGGCUGGGCACACCUGCCCCGUCCGUCCCUCCUUCCGCCCAAUGAAGCUGAGCCCUACGGCCCCCCAGGCGUCCUGGCCACCCGUGCCCCCGUGGGCGUUGAGCGACCCGGCCCCUUCCUGCCUGCGCACCUGCUGCGCGGGCGCCUUGGCCUCCUGGACACCGGUCUCUGGGCGGCGCCCCGCGCGGUGGUCAAGUCGCAGCCACUGGCUUUGCUCUCUGGAGGCUGCCUGUGGCCUGCGGGUGAAUAGCAGAGUUGGCAGGGAAGAGGCGCCGCGGCAGUCGUGUGGAAAACUGAUUUAAACAGUCCUUGGCCCGGCCUGGCAUCUCGCCUUGAAUUGUGGUAUUUCACAGAAACACAGCAACCCCUGUGAGAUGGUCCAGGAGGUUCAUCUGGCAGAGGCCAGGCCGUAGUUGCUUAGCACCUCUGUGCUCCGCAUUUCUACACAUGGAGCAGCAGCUCUCAAAGUUGGUGGAAGAGCUCACGAUGUCGGGAGAACCCCAGCUGAGUCCUGGGAAGAUGAAGGAGCUGAAGAAGAUUUGCAAGUCUUCAGAAGAGCAGCUCAGCCACGCCUACCACCUGCUGAUGGCCCAGCUCCGCCAGGACCACGCCGAGGUCCGCCUCUCCGCCUUCCAAGUCCUGGACCAGCUCUUCACCCGGUCUCACCAGUUCAGGAUGCUGGUUGUUUCCAACUUCCAGGAGUUCCUGGAGCUCACGCUGGGCACCAACCACGAGCGGCCCCUGCCCCUCCCCAGGGAGGUCGCGCAGAGGCUGAGGCAGGCCGCCACUCAGGCCGUCCGUGGCUGGAACGAGAAGUAUGGCUCAGCCUAUAAGAAGCUGGCCGUGGGCUUCCACUUCUUAAGGCACAGCAAGCAGGUGGACUUUCAAGACGUGGAUGCUCGGACUCUGGCCGAAAGAAAGCGGGCGGAGGAGAAACAGAAGCGACUGGACAGGAUCUACAGGGAGAGGUCGGAGCGGGCGGCCAGGGAGAUGGAAGAGAUGACCGGGGAGAUCCGGCGCUGCCUCACCGAGGUGGAGAGCUGCUUCCGGCUGCUGGUGCCCUUGGACCUUGGCCUGAGCCCAGGGGCCGCCUUGCCUGCCGUGGCCCCUGCUGCGGCUGAGGAGGGUCCCCCGGACCUCGGUGACGAGGAGCAGCCCUGCUGCAGCAGGUCUCUGCCCGCCUGUGCACGCUGCCCAGCAGCCGUGGGCGCGGGGGUGCUGCCCUCGGAGGAUGAGGACAGCGACCAGGAGGAGUUCGUGCGGCGCCACGGGCUGGGCUCCCGCCAGUACACCCUGGACGUGGAGCUGUCCUCAGACAGCCUGAGGGUGCGGGAGGACGAGGACAACUUGGCCGUCAUCCACGCGGCCCAGGACGCGCUCAGGCUCAUCCAGAACAAGUUCCUGCCGGCCGUGAGCGCCUGGGUCCAGCUCUUCACUCGCGCGGGGACACACGGGGGGCACCUGGAGGGCGCCAUCGACCUGAAGGCCGAGCUGGAAACGGCCCUGAGGAGAUCCCGGGAGCUGGACAUCGUGCCCCAGGGGCCCCGCCGGAGGGAGGUGGCAGCCCCGGGGGACGAGGACGACGAGGACGACGAGGACUUCGUGGAGGUCCCUGAGAAGGAGGGCUACGAGGCCUGCGUCCCUGAGCUCCUGCGGCCCCCGUGUGGACUGGAGGAAGGGCCGGCCACGCGGGGCUCGCAGGCGAGGAGGAGGAGGACCAGGAGCACCGAGGAGGCCCACGACCCCACCUCUGCGGCAGCCCAGCCGCAUCGGCCCCAGCGCCACCCGCCCCCGGCCUCGCCCCCGAGCCCCAGGGUGCCACCGGGGCCAGAGGAGGCGGAGAAGCUGGCGGCAGAGCGGGCCCGGGCACCCGUCGUGCCCUUUGGGGCAGACUUGUGCUGCUGGGGCCAGGAGGCGGCAGCAGCUGGGUCGAUCCUCAGGUCGGACUCCGAGCACCGUUUCUGGAAGCCUUGUGAGGUGGACCCGGAGGGGGACAGCACUGCCGUCUCAGAGUUGCUCCGGAGCCGCCGCAUCACCUUCGCGGGGCGCUUCGAGCCUGUGCAGCACCGGUGCCGCGCUCCCCGGCCCGACGGCCGGCUCUGCGAGCGCCAGGACCGCCUGAAGUGCCCUUUCCACGGGAAGAUCAUCCCGAGAGACGAUGCGGGGCGGCCCCUCCACCCCGAGGACCAGGCCCGGGAGCAGAGGCAGCAGCUGCAGAGGCCGGCCUGGCAGGACCCCGAGUUCAUGAGGGACGUGGAGGCGGCCACCGGGGUGGACCUCGGCUCGUCCAGGUGCGGCGGGAGAGGCAAGGGCGGCAGGAGGAAGCACUCGGGCCUCACGGACCUCAAGCGGCAGGCCGACACGGCGCGGGCACGCAUCGCCAAGAAAGUCUUUGCCAAGGCAGCUGUGCAGAGAGUGGUCACAGCCAUGAACCAGAUGGACCAGAAGAAGCACGAGAAGUUCUCAAACCAGUUUAACUACGCGCUGCACUAGGGGCCAGGCCGCGCGUGUCCGGACACUGGGCGGCAGCUCUUCCUCUGCCGACGCGCCAGGGCAGGAAAGCAGACCCGGGCCCCGGGGGGUCACAGCGGCCACCGCCGCAGCGUGGGCUUAGCCUGAGGAAGCCGUGCCCCUUCUGAUGCUCGUGGCUGCGGGCUGUGGGUUGUCCCUGCUGCACGGGCUGCUGCCUGAUCUAAGCCCUCGCGCCGUGCUUCAGAGUCGCUGGGCGCAGCCCCCAGCCCUGCUCCCCAGCCUUCUGUCCCGGGGGACCCCUCAGAGCACCUCGAGGAACAGCCACACGUUGAUGUGGCGCGAAGAGGAGGGCGCCGUCCCACCUGGCAUGUGCAGCUCCGAGGCCUCCUGAAGCGGUUGCUGGGCAGGGAGCAGAAAACGACUGCCCUCUGUGGGCUUAGAAGCAACCUUGCUGGGAGUCCCCGCUGUGGCUCAGCAGGUGGAGAAGCCGACUGGUGUUCACGAGGACACAGGCCUCACACGGUGGGUUAAGGAUCCGCCGUUGCUACAGGCUGAGGCAUCGGUCGCAGACGUGGCUCGGUUCCCGCGUGGCUGUGGCUGUGCCGCAGGCCGGCUGCUGCAGCUCCCAUUCAACCCCUGCCCGGUCUGGGAGCUUCCCUGUGCUGCGGGUGCAGCCUCAACGAGAGAAAGAAAAGCAACAGCCUCAUUGCGACGUACCCCGCGUGACAUGGCCUUCGCCCUGUAAAGCACACGGUUCAGCGGCAGUAAAUCCAUUUGGGGCCACACAACCCCCGCCACCGUCCAGUUCCGGACUUCUCGUCACCCGAAGACCCCUGUCCCCCAGCCCUGGCGCCCUCGCGUCCGCUCUCUGUGGCUGGACUUGCCUUGGCCGGACCCCACCUGGGAGGGUCCGUAAACGUGGCACUGCGUUGCUGGCCUUCGCCCGGCUGAGGCGUGUCGCUGCCUCAGUCCUUGUCGCGGCGGCCGGAUGAUGCUCCACCGUGGGGGCGUCUGUGCCCUCGCUGGGGACAGUCGGGCCGUUGCACCUCGGAGCUGCCGUGGCCGAUAUUGCUGAGACGCCGUGUUUAACUCUGGCGACGAAGCAGCUGCACCGUUCCCCGUGCUGCCCUCGUCUCCCCAGCUCCUGCCGGUCGGCGCGCGGCGCUGGGCACUCAGCACCCGCCGCUGUUGGGCUUUCUUAGUGGGGGGGUGGCAUCGUGGUUUUGAUUGGCGUUGUUCUGAUGAGUAAUGGCUUUGAACAUCUUUUCAGGUGCUCACUGGCCAUUCGGAUGUCUGCUUCAGAGAAACCUCCAGAGCCUCUGCCCAGUUUUAGUUGAAUUGUUUGGAGCUGCCCCAGUUCUUUACAUGGUCUGGGUGCUGGACCCUCUUGCGAUUUGCAGAGACUCUCUCCCAUUCUGUGUCUUCACUGUCCUGAUAGUGUCCUUUGAAACACAGAAAUUAGGAAUCUUGAUGACAUCUGGUAUAUCCGUUUUCCUUUGUCCCUUGUGCUUUUGGUGUCGCAUCUAGGCAGCCACGGCCUGAUCCGAGGUCAGGGACGCGCCCUUAGGCUUCCUUCUAAGGGUUUGGGUUCUGGCUCCUCAGUUCCCGUGUCUGGUCCCUUUUGAGUUCCAUUCUGUCUGUGGUUCUUCUGCACGUGGAUGUCUCAGCAUCGUUUCUCAGGAAGGUCAUUGCUCUUAAAUUGUCUCGGCACUUGUGUUGAUCAUCAGCGGACAGUAAAUGUGUGAAUUUAUUUCUGGGCUCUCAGUUCUGUAUAUCUUUGUGCCAUGGCCACUGUGUUCAUUGCCUCUGUGUUAGGUUUUUUCGUUUUUGUUUUUGUCUUUUGUCUUUUUUAAGGCUGCACCCAGGCAUAUGGAGGUUCCCAGACUAGGGGCCUACACCACAGCCGCAGCCUCAGCAAUGCCAGAUCCGGGCUGUGUCUGUGACCUACACCACAGCUCACAGCAACGCCGGAUCCUUAACCCACCAAGCGAGGCCAGGGAUCAAACCCGCAACCUCAUGGUUCCUAGUCGGAUUUGUUUCCACUGCACCACGAUGGGAACUCCACCUUUGUGUUAAGUUUUGAAAUCCUCCAACUUUGUUCUUUUUAAAGAUUGUUUUGGGGAGUUCCCGGAUGGCCUAGUGGAUUAAGGAUCCAGCGUUGUCACUGCUGUGGUCUGGGUCACUGCAGUGGCGCUGGUUCGAUCCCUGGCCCAGGAACGUCUGCGUGCCGAGGGCAGGGCCAAAAAAAAGAGGUUGUUUUGGCCGUUCUGGGUUCCUUGCAUGUCCAAGUAAAUUUCGGGGACGUUUUGGUCCAGGUCACAUUGACCCUGGAGGUGCCUUUGGGAAGCAGAGCUGGUCCUGAAGGCCGUGGGUCUGAGAUACACGAGCAUGGCCUGCAGCAGAAGACACUCCAGCGUGGCGUGACCCUCGGCGUCGCGUGCUUGGAGGCAGGUCCCGGACUCGGGGGCUGACCGCAAAGUUCCACGUCAGUGCCGUCACCCCGAGAUGCUCACGGAUCAACUGUGACCUCGUCCAAUGUUAAACUUGUAAUUCAUGAACUUGAAGUACCUUUCCCGUGUGCUGAGGGCGUCUUUAUUUCCACGGUGCUUUUAGUUGUCUUGUACAAGCCUUGGUUUCUUUUGUCCAGUUGAUCUGAAGUCCUGAAUUCCGUGUGACGCCGUGAAUUUCGUUUGUGCUUCGUUCACUUGCUGGCGCAGAGAAACACAGCUCAUCUUUUUAUGUCGGCCUCGUGUCCUGAAACCUUGCUGCAUUCACUUACUGGUUCUGAUAGUUGAAGGGGUGUGUGUUUGCGGGGGGUUCCUUAGGAUUUUCUGUGCCCGCCAUCGUGCCAUCUGCGAGAGCAAGUUUCAUUGCUUCCUUUGCAGUCUGGGUUCCUUUUAUUUCUGUCCCACCUGGUUGCUCUGACCGGAGCCUCGGUGCAGCGUCAGACAGGAGUGGAGAGAGCCGACCCCCUUGUCGCGCCCCUGCUCCCAGAGGACAGGUGUCAGUCAGUCUGUUACCCACGAGGGUGCCGAGAGGGGUGGGGUUUUCGAGGAUGCCUUAUUUCGGGGCGAGGAAGUUCCCCGAUGUUCCCGGCUUGCUGAGUGGUUUUGUCCCGUGAGGCAUGUGGAUCUCGUCAGUUGGCUUUUCUGCGUCUCUGGCAGUGAUCGCGGGUUUGCUCCUUCCUUCUGUUGGUGAGUAUAUUACACUCAGUGUUUUCCGUAUGUUGCCUUCAUGGGAUACAUCUCACACGGUCAGUUUCAGUAGUUUCUCUAUUUCCAGGAACUUACCUGUUUCUUCUAGGUUAUCUGAGGUAGCUUAUUGACACACCGUUAUUCAGAGGAUUCCUUUAUAAUCCCUUUCACUUCCGUCAGGUUGGUAGUAAUGUCUCCGCCAUCAUUCCUGAUAUUAGAAAUUCGAGUCUUUUUAAAUUUUCUUGGUUAGUCUAGAAAACGGUUUAUCAAUUUUGUUGAUCUAUUCAAAGUUGCUUUUCUGCCUUGUUUUCCAUUCUUUAUUACUUUCCACUCUAAUCUUUAUUAUUUCCUUUGGAUUACUUUGGUUUAGUAUUUCUUACUCUUUUUCUAGUUUCUUUUGUCUUUUUUUUUUUUUUGUUGUUGUUUCUAUUUCUUGCCGUCCCGGCAUAUGGAGUUCAGGCUAGGUUGAUCGAGCUGUAGCCACCGCCUACGCCAGAGCCACAGCAACGCAGGAUCCGAGCCGCGUCGCAACCUACACCACAGCUCACGCAACGCCGGAUCGAACCACUGAGCAAGGCAGGGACCGAACCCGCAACCUCAUGUUCCUAGUCGAUUCGUUACCACUGCGCCACGACGGAAUCUUUUUCUAGUUUCUUUCUUUCUUUUUUUUUUUUUUUUUUUUUUUUGGCCAUGCCCAUGCCAUGCAAACGUUCCAGGUCCAGGGAUAGAACCUGUGCCACAACAGUGACACCACCAGGCCCUUACCCAGUGAGCCACCAGGGAACUCCUCUAGUUUCUUGUGGAAGUUAAUCUAUUGAUUUGAGCUCUCUUUUUUUAACGUCAGUGUUUACUGGUAUAAGUUUUCAUCUCAGCUCUGCUUUAGCUUCAGGCCGUAUAUUCCGGCAUGUUGUAUUUCCAUCUGCAUUGAUCCCCAAGCACGUCCUGAUUUCUCUCGUGAUUUCUCAUUGUACUGACCUUGUCUAUUUGGGAGUUUGUUUUCUGAUGUCCACAUACGUGUGAAUUUCCCAAAUUUCCUCCUGUUGUUUGACUUCUGACUUCAUGCCAUGUAGCCGAAGAACACAUUUUGUAUGACCUCAGUCCUUUAAAACCUGAGACUGUGGUUGCUCCUGGAGAGAGUGCUUUCCGAGCCCGAGGAGAUGCGGGUGCUCGGUGGCUGGCGCUCUCGCCGUCCCUUGCGGCGGGUGGCUGGUGGGGUGUGUGCCUCCUCCUUCCCGGGUCUUUACCCCAGCGGUUGACCCCUUGUUGAGACGAGGGUGUUGAAAUCCGAGGCUGUUGUCGUGAAGUCGUCUCUUCCUCCGUCUUUUCUGUCAGCUUCGCUCCACGCCGGGGGGCUCGGUGGCUCACUGCAGAUGUGGUCGCAGCCGUCGUUUCCUCUGACGACGGACCGCUGGUCCCGAGGCCGCCUCUGUCUCUGGGCGGCUUUUGCCCUCCCGGCGCUUUCCCACGACGUCGCCGUGCCUUUGGGUCGUGUGGGCCGUGUGCCCUUCCGCUCUGGUUGCACCUGCGCCUCUCAAGGGCUUCCCGUGGACACGGCACCUCGCUGCUGCUGUUUUUCCGGCUCUUCCGUCAGGGUUUCAUCUCUUUGCCUUUGAUGGAGUUACUGGUAAGAUAAGAUUUCUAUCUGCCUUUUUUUUUUUUUUUCCGGUGGUAUCUUUGUCUGGUUUUGGAAUGAGGGUGAUGGUGGCAUCAUAGCAUGGCUUUGGGAGAGUUCCUUCUUCUUCAACCUUUUGGAAACGUUGCAGGAGGCUAGGCGCCAGACCCUCUUCGUAUGUUUGGUAGAAUUCGCCUGUGGAGCCGUCUGGUCCUGGGCUCUUCCUUGUAGGGGGUGUUUUGAUGACGUAUUUCAUUUCAUUUCUAACGCUCGGUCUGUUCAGUUGGCCUAGUUCUUCUUGAUUCAGUCUUGGCAGGCUCGAAGAGUCUAGAAGGUUGUCCAUUUCUUGCAACAUCUGCCAUUUUUCGGUUUUUCUACGUGUCUCUUUAAAUCUGUCUUCCUCUGUUACUUUGUUCUCCGGUGGUAAAUGGCUGUGUCAUUCCCGUGGAAGGCUUAGUUCCCUUCUGUCGUCUUCACUCUUUGGUGGGUAAUUUUUUCAGGGGGUGCCGCGAGGAUUACCGUGCACGCAAACGCCCCGGGGGCGUCAGAGGCGCUCUGAUGAGGCCGGCCCCUGUGUCUCCCAAGCGGGGAGGGAGCAGGUGGUGCCCAGAGUGCGCUUGCGCGGACCUCUCUGGCCCCCGGAGCCCCGGUCCCGUCUCUUCAUUCUUUCACCUGCGUCUCAGACCGCACCUGUUGCCCUGCAUUGUAUCCAAGGUCACAGAUCCUCUGUGGCCGUGAAAACCUGCUGUGGAGUUGCUCUAGUGAACUUUUCAUUUUAGUUACCACACUUUUUCAGUCCACAGUUCCUGUGUUUUUUUCUUCCUUCUCUCUCUCUCUUUUUAGGUCGUCUCUAUUUGGUAAAACAUCAUCUCAUGCUUUAAUUUUUCAGACACGGCUUUGAACACACUUACGGGAGCCGAUUUCAACUCUUUGUCUGGUCAUUUGAGCACCUGGGCUCAUUUUCCUGAACAGCUUCUCUCGGCUGGCUUUUCCCUGUGCAGGGGCCCGCCGUUCCUGUGCGUGUGCGUGUGUGCUCCCCAGGUUUGUGGUGGCUGCUGUUUGCUUCGUGCAUUUCUGGGACGGAUUCUGUAACGUCUCUGUUCUUUCUUGCUGCCGGUGAAGUGCCUGUCCAGCAGCUCGGCUGCUGAGUAAGAGCUGAGCAGAGACUUCCUGACGUGCUUUGACCCAGGGAGUCCCGUGGUUUUGCUGACAAGCUGUGUGCGUGUGUGUGUGGGUUGGGCACACCUGCAGCGUUCUGCCAGACAGCCGCCAGCUCUGCCUUGGCCCUCCUUUCAUGAGUGUUGCGAUCUUUGCCCCACAAGAAGGUAGCGUGUCACAGUUUUCAUCGGAGAGUGAGCACUUUUAACACGUGAAAGCACAUGCACUGUUACCCUUUUCUGUGAGUCGUAGUCCAUAUCCUUUGCUUACUUUUCUGUUGGCUUAUUGGUUUCUUAUUAAACUGUAGGAGCUCUUCAUUCAAUUAGAGACCUAGCCCACUCGGAGUUCCUCUUGGAGCUCAGUGGGCUGAGAACCUGACUAGUAUCCAUGAGGAUGCAGGUUUGAACCCUGGCUCCACUCAGUGGGUGAAGGAUCCAGCGUUGCCACCAGCUGCAGCAUAGGUAGCAGAUGUAGCUCGGAUCUCGGAUGCUGUGGCUGUGGUGUAGGCUGGUGGCUGCAGCUCCGUUUCACCUCCUAGCCUGGGAGGUGCAGCCUUAAAAAAAAAAAAAAAAAAAAAAAAAAAACACCAAAAAACUAGCUCUCCAUGAGCAGUUGCAAAUAUUUCCUUGUUUUGUAUUUUCUUGCUUUUGCCAUGUAAUUUUCUUUGUUGGGGGGGGCAUGGUUCGCGGUGGCUUGAUGUGGGAUCUCAGUUCCCAGCAGGGGUGGACCCUGGUCUCUGGUGGUGAAGGUGAUGAGUCCUAACCACCAAACCGCCAGGGAACUCCCUGCCAUGCGGAUUUUUUGUGCGGUUGAUUUUAAGCAGUCUUCCAUGGCUUCUGAGUUUUAUAUGCCCCACUCAAAGGUUAAAUUAGGGAGUUCCCCUGUGGUGCAGCAGGCUAAGGAUAUGGCGUCACUGCAGCAGCUCGGGUCACUGCUGUGGCAUGAGUUCGCUCCCUGGCCUGGGAACUUUCACUUGGGGGCAUAGCCAAAAAAAAAAAGAGGUUAUAUUUAAAAAAAGGCUCCGUCUUCUCCUCUCGAACUUUUAUGGUUUCAAUUUCACAUUUAAAUCCCUGAUCUAAUCAUUUAUAUGGAUGUAAAGUGUGGCCUGGAAAUUCAGUUUACCUUAAAUACCCUCCCAGUCCCAGCACCAUUCACGAAUGAAUUCAUUUUUUUGCAAAUUUUAAAUAGUGCGUUUAUCACCUAUUAAAGUCCCAUGGAGAGUG